GACCACCCCCUCACCCAUGGCCCCCCCUUCCCCCCUCCUCCACCUCCCUCCCCCGCCCUGGGCGCCGCGGGGGGGGCCGCCCCGGCGCCUGACUGCCGUCACCGCUGUCGUCCUCGUCGCCAUCGCGGCUGUCGCGGCCUGUCCCGCCGUGUGCCGCUGCGCCGGUGGCCGCGUCUACUGCAACGACCGGGGGCUGACGGCCGUGCCUGAGGGGCUCCCGCCCGGCGCCACCACCCUGUUCCUGCAGAACAACCGGAUCGGUGACGCGGGGAUCCCAGCGCGGCUGGGCCGGCUGCCGGCCCUGCGCGUGCUCUACCUGUACGCCAACGCGCUGGAGCAGCUGCCGGCACACCUGCCGCCGGCGCUGCGGGAGCUGCAUCUGCAGGAGAACAACGUGCGCGGGCUGUGCCGGCGGGCGCUGGCGCGGGCACCGCUGCUUGAGCGCCUGCACCUGGAUGACAACUCGGUGUCGGCAGCCGGCAUCGAGGAGGACGCCUUCGCUGAGAACCGCCGCCUGCGUCUCCUCUUCCUCUCACGCAACCACCUGAGCAGCGUGCCGGCCGGGCUGCCGCCGGCGCUGGAGGAGCUGCGCCUGGACGACAACCGCAUCCACACCAUCCCGCUGCGCGCCUUCGAGGGGCUGCCGGCGCUGCGGCGCCUGGUGCUGGACGGGAACCUGCUGGCCAACCAGCGCAUGGCCGACGACACCUUCAGCCGCCUGGGCAACCUGAGCGAGCUCUCGCUGGGCCGCAACGCGCUCGCGGCCCCGCCGGCCAACUUGCCCCGCGCGCGGCUGCGCCGGCUCUCGCUGGCCGCCAACGCCAUCAGCCACGUGCCAGCCGGUGCACUGGCACGGAUGAGGGCACUGGAGCGACUGGACCUGUCGGACAACAACCUGACGACGCUGCCACGGGGGCUCUUUGAUGACCUGGGCAGCCUGAGCCACCUGGGGCUGCGCAACAACCCCUGGUUCUGCGGCUGCAACCUGGCCUGGCUGCGGGACUGGCUGCGCCGGCGGGCGCCGCCGCGCCUCGAGGCUCAGGAGCUGAAGGAGCGGGGAAACCGGGCGCUGGCGGCGGGGGACGUGGGGGCAGCCGUGGGGCACUACUCGGCCGCCAUCGCGCGGGACCCCAACAACCACGUCCUGUUCAGCAACCGCUCGGCCGCCUACGCGCGGCUCGGGGACUACACCCGUGCCCUGGCCGACGCCUGCCGCACGCUGGAGCUGCGCCCCGACUGGGCCAAGGGGUACUCACGGAAGGCAGCAGCACUGGAGUUCCUGCAGCGCCUGGAGGAGGCCAAGGCCACCUAUGAGGAGGGGCUGGCACGGGACCCCGGGAAUGAGCAGCUGCUGCAGGGCCUGCGCGGGGUGGAGACACGGCUGGCAGAGCGGAAGCUGCUGAACCCCUUCAGUGCUCCUGACCUGCUGGCACGACUUGAGGGGGACCCCCGGACGCGGGCGCUGCUGGGGGACCCCGAGUACCGGCGACUGCUGGAGACGCUGCGCAGCGACCCGGGGCAGCUCGGGGCGAAGCUGCAGGACCCCCGGGUGAUGACGACGCUGAGUGUGCUGCUGGGGGUGGAGCUGAGCGGGGCCGAGGAGGAAGAGGAGGCCCCCUCCCCUCCACCCCCACCCCCCCCGCCCCCUGCCCAGCCCCCACCACCCCAGGAGCUCCCCCAGAACAAGCAGGAGGCACAGCGGGAGAAGGAGCUGGGCAAUGCCGCCUACAAGCGGAAGGAGUUCCCGGCAGCGCUGGAACACUACACCCGAGCCGAACAGCUAGACCCCACCAAUAUGACCUACGUCACCAACCAGGCGGCCGUGUACUUUGAGACGGGUGACUACGAGCGGUGCCGGGCACUGUGUGAACGCGCCAUCGAGCUGGGACGGGAGAACCGGGAGGAUUACCGGCAGAUCGCCAAGGCGUACGCACGGAUCGGGAAUUCCUACCUGCGCGAGGAGCGGUACAAGGACGCCGUCCACUUCUACAACAAGUCCCUGGCUGAGCACCGCACGCCCGAUGUGCUCAAGAAGUGUCAGCAGGCUGAGAAGAUCCUGAAGGAGCAGGAGCGCUUGGCCUACAUUGACCCCGACCUGGCGCUGGAGGAAAAGAACAAGGGCAACGAGUGCUUCCAGCGAGGGGAUUACCCCCAGGCCAUGCGGCACUACAGCGAGGCAAUCCGACGCAACCCGAACGAGGCCCGGCUCUACAGCAACCGUGCCGCCUGCUACACCAAACUGCUCGAGUUCCCCCUCGCCCUCAAGGACUGUGAGGAGUGCAUUCGCCUGGAGCCCACCUUCAUCAAGGGCUACACGCGGAAGGCGGCGGCGCUCGAGGCCAUGCGCGACUACACCAAGGCCAUGGAGGUUUAUCAGCGUGCCCUGGACCUCGACCCCACUUGCAAGGAGGCGGCGGAGGGGCAGCGGCGGUGCCUGCGGGCGCAGCAGCAGCGCUCGGAGCCCCCCGAGGAGCUGCGGCGCCGGGCGCUCGCCGACCCCGAGGUGCAGCAGAUCAUGGGGGACCCGGCCAUGCGCCUCAUCCUCGAGCAGAUGCAGAAGGACCCCCAGGCCCUCAGCGAGCACCUCAAGAACCCUCUCAUCGCCCAGAAGAUCCAGAAGCUAAUGGAUGUGGGGCUCAUUGCCAUCCGGUGACCCCCCCAAAUCCCGGGGACCCCUCUGGGACCCCCCCCGGGUACACCUCGACCCCCCAGGGGAGGCAGGGGGUGCUGCCCCUCCCUCCCCCCAUCCUGUGUUGGUUCUGGGGUGCUGUGACCCCAAAUAAAGAGCGGAGCAGUG